CUGUGGUUGAGGCGAUACCGCCAACAGCCCUCCACGCCUAUAUAGAAGGACCCGAAGGCUCUCUAGUUUCCAUCCUCGUCUCCAAAGCUGCUUGUCUUUUCGGGUAAGGUUCCCCAACAACGCCUUACCCUUUUCAACUUUCAUUCUUCUGCUCAAUUCGUUUAGAUUUUUAAUCCAAACAAAAGUACAUAUAUGGUUGAACUAGACGUCCAGAUCCCAACUGCUUUUGACCCGUUUGCCGAAGCCAAAGACGCGGAUGCCCCCGGAGCCAAGGAGUAUGUGCAUAUCCGGGUGCAGCAGAGAAAUGGAAAGAAGUGCCUGACAACAGUUCAAGGGCUGAAGAAAGACUUCAGCUACGAGAAGAUCCUCAAGGAUCUGAAAAAAGAGUUCUGCUGCAACGGCAAUGUUGUCCAGGACAAAGAGCUUGGCAAGAUAAUUCAGCUCCAAGGUGAUCAACGCAAGAACGUGCUUCAGUUUCUUGUUCAGGCCAAGAUUGUGAAGAAGGAGCAGAUAAAGAUGCAUGGUUUUUGAAGACUUGGGGUUUGGAAAUUGGAGGGAGGGGGCUUAAAAUUUGAUUAGUUUUGCUACCCUUGUUUUAUGUGCUAGCUCUCCUAAUAGUCCCUGCACUGGCUCUGGGAAAUCUGUAAUAACAGAAGAUGUGUCUAUAUACAUGUGGAAUUUAUAGACUUCUCUCCUUGUUGGAGUAAUUCUGUGCUUGGUCUUUUUUUGCUUUCUCUUUUGUUGUUGAUGGUGAUUUCUGUUGAAUGUUAUGGGACUUCAUUUUUCAUC